CUUCGCAGUUCUAGAAGCCACUCCGGGAUCCUCAGGAACAUGAGUGGACGGGCCCGCGUGAGGGCGCGAGGCCUCGCCCGCAGCCCCAGAGCCGCGGAAGUGGGGCGCCCCCAGGCCUCUCCCUCGCCUCCAUCCGUUGAUCUUAGUGACAAUGAAGCAUCCUCUAGCAGUGACUUUGUGGGAACAAAAAGGACUUUACAGAAAGAUGAAGAUGGUAUAUCUUCUGGUGAUGUUAGAAGUAACUUCAUGGAAAGAGGUGUGAAAAUUGGACGGAACUUCAUGGAUUUGGGUAUCUGUACCAGAGAGAAAUUGGCACAUGUGAAAGAUUGUAAAACAGGUUCCAGUGGAAUACCUGUGAAACUAGUCACAAAUCUCUUUAAUUUAGAUUUGCCCCAGAACUGGCAGCUAUACCAGUACCAUGUGACAUACAGUCCAGAUUUAGAGUCCAGAAGGCUGAGAACUGCUUUGCUUUAUAGUCAUAGUGAAAUUUCCAACAAAGCAAAAGCAUUCGAUGGUGCCAUUCUUUUUCUCUCACGAAAACUAGAAGAAAAGGUCACAGAACUGUCAAGUGAAACUCACAGAGGCGAGACUGUGAAGAUGACUCUCACUCUGACAAGCGAGGUGCUGUCGAGUUCCCCCGUGUGCAUCCAGGUCUUCAAUAUCAUCUUCAAAAAGAUCUUAAAAAAGUUGUCCAUGUACCAAAUUGGACGGAACUACUAUAAUCCUUCAGAGCCGGUGGAAAUUCCCCAGCACAAAUUAUCCCUUUGGCCUGGGUUUGCGAUUUCCAUAUCACAGUUUGAAAGCAGGCUCCUGUUUAGUGCUAAUGUGAGUUAUAAAGUCCUCCGGAAUGAGACUGUCCUGGAAUUCAUGACUGACCUCUACCACAAAACUGGUGUGUCCUGCUUCACUGAGACAUGUGAGAAACAACUGAUGGGGCUCAUUGUCCUGACAAGAUACAAUAACAAAACCUAUCGCAUUGAUGACAUUGACUGGUCAGUGAGGCCCACGCAUACCUUUAAGAAGCGGGACGGCACUGAGAUCACCUAUGUGGAUUAUUACGAGCAGCAAUACAAUAUUACUUUGUCUGACCUAAAUCAGCCAUUGCUUGUUAGUCUGUUGAAAAGUAAGAGAAAUGACAACACUGAGGCUCGGAUUGCCCACCUGAUACCUGAGCUCUGCUUCCUAACAGGGCUGACUAGCCAAGCAACCUCUGAUUUCCAGCUCAUGAAGGCUGUGGCUGAUGAAACACGUAUCAGUCCUUUGGGCCAGCAGCAGCGUCUGGCCAGGCUUGCUGACAGCAUCCAGAGAAACAAGGAUGCACAUUUCGAGCUAGAGAACUGGGGGCUGCAUUUUGGAGGCCAAAUGUCUCUGACUGGACGGGUUGUGCCUUCAGAAAAAAUAUUUCUGCAAGACCACGUAUGUCAACCGGUGUCUGCUGCUGAUUGGUCCAAGGAUAUACGAACUUGCAAGAUUUUAAGUGUGCAGCCUUUGAAUAAAUGGUUGGUUUUUUGUAGUAACAGAACCGAAAAUGGGACUGAAAGCUUUGUGAACUGCUUGAAAAGAGUUGGAAGUUCCAUGGGAUUUAACGUGAGCUACCCCAAAAUCAUAAAAGUACAAGAAAACCCAGCUGCAUUCUUUAGAGCUGUACAGCAACAUGUUGAUCCUGAUGUUCAGUUGGUGAUGUGCAUUCUGCCUUCUGAUCAGAACUAUUAUAAUUCUAUUAAAAAAUAUUUGAGCUGUGACUGCCCAGUCCCAAGCCAGUGUAUCCUUGCUCGGACCUUGAAUAAACAGGGGAUGAUGAUGAGUAUCGCCACCAGGGUCGCCAUGCAAAUGGCCUGCAAACUCGAAGGCGAGCUGUGGGCUGUGGAGAUACCUUUAAAGUCCCUGAUGGUGGUCGGUAUUGAUGUCUGUAAAGAUGCAUUCCGCAAGGAAGUGGUGGUGGUUGGAUUUGUGGCCAGUGUUAACCCCAGAAUCACCAGGUGGUUUUCCCGCUGUAUCAUUCAGAAAGCAACUACUGAUAUUGCAGAUUGCUUGAAAGUUUUCAUGACUGCGAGAUGCAGUGCUAAGACAGCAGUGCAAAGACGGAUGCAGGGUUCCCACUUCCUCACCAGCCCUGGCCUAGGUCUCUCAAGUAGUGUGACAGAAUCCAGCUCAAAUACCAGCUCCAGACUGUCGGUGAUUGUGGUCAGGAGGAAGUGCGUGCCACGAUUCUUCACAGAAAUGAGCCGAACUAUGGAGAACCCCCCACUUGGCACGGUCGUGGAUUCCCAAGCUACGCGUUCUGAAUGGUAUGACUUUUACUUGAUCAGCCAGGCCGCCUCUCGGGGAACUGUUAAUCCCACCUACUAUAAUGUCAUCUAUGAUGACAAUGGCUUGAAGCCCGACCACAUGCAGAGACUUACAUUCAAAAUGUGUCACUUGUACUACAAUUGGAUGGGCUUGAUCAGUAUCCCAGCACCAUGCCUCUAUGCACACAAGCUGACCUUUCUGGUGGCACAGAGCAUCCAUAAAGAACCAAGUUUGGAAUUAGCCAAUUCUCUCUUCUACCUGUGAUGACAUGAACCAUUGAUGUCCCUGGGUGAAGAAUCCAAGGAGUAGUUGAUAUACUUUGUACAAAUCUGACAUAACCUCAAGGCUGUGGUUGGGGAAAGGGGGUUGAGCUUAGUUUUAACUUCUAGGAAAACAAAUUAAACUUAAUCAGAGACAGUUCAAAGAAAUAUAUGUUAUUUUAUUUUGAAGAGUUAUAUGUUUGGAGUAAAUUCCCCUUGUGGUAUAGAUAGAAGUAAAAUACACUAUCACCUCUAAAGAAUCUCACAAAGUUAAAUAUUUUCAAAGAAAAUAAAUGUUUGCAUGAUAUUUUGAUUGUAGAUAAACAGAGUCUAAUUUCCACCUUAGGUUUUGCAGAGGUUUUCUUAAGUAAUGUUAUAGAGCAUUUUGUAGAGUGGUUUAAAGAAUUAUUAGAAAAUAAAGAAAAUUCAGAGCAUUA